AUGGCUACCUUCAAGGGUGCCGAGACUUACGCGCCUCAGCCUUCGGGCUCCCAAUCGCUCCAGGCUGAAGCUAGUUUGAAGGGCGAGACAAAUGAACCGUCUCUUGUCGUUGUUGCAUGUCAGCAAUGGUGCGCUGCUCUCCGAGACUCUUCUCACCGUUCCCUCUUUAGUCGAAAUCGAAAGGUUAGAUGUGACUCUACAAGACCUGUAUGCAAGAACUGUACUCGACGCUCAGAGGCCUGCCUGUACGAUGCUGCGCCUAAACGGAGAGGCCCCGACAAGCAAAAUAGAAAAAGGCUUUACAAGAAGAGGCCAAGUUUAUCACCUCCUGAUCCUUCCUCAAAGGUUUCCGCAUCCACUGCGUCCGACCAGGAGGUGGAGCCCAAACGGAAACGAGCAAGAAAAGCACAGAGCUCGCAAAAUGAAAAUCGGGGAGCUGUCUCCCUUCCUGCAUCAAGUAACCAAGCUCUACGCCGUCUGGACGUCGAUGCGGAUUUGGACGAGACGAUUCGUGCUGCAGGAUUCGGGACACUUGAAAGCCUCCUCACGAAGACCGCACAGAUGAUCACGGAAACCGAUAUAUACAUUCCACAAAGCUUUGAAGAGGCCGAAUCUCUCGAGACGCGAACGCCUGGUAGACGGCUCUUUUCGGUAAAUGUCCCGGAGCAGGGACACUAUACCAUCGAGGACCUACUAUCUGCAGCGGAAGGUUCUGCGUCAGAACUAGCCAACGUCGAACAAAACAUUCCAAGAGGCCCGUCUUCGUCCUUUAACCGACAGACAUGGUGGGAUACUUUAUGUCUAUGUUACUCAAAGGAAAGUGAACCUGGACAAAGUUCUCGUAAAAUCUUCCAAGACUUGGGAUUUCUCCUAGACAAUUCGAUCUACUGGCUUUCAUUUAUACAUAUUCCAAGGUUUAUGGGCAACCUCCACGAUCCCAACCGGCGACUCAUGGUUCAGCCAUCUAUCGUAUUGUCUGCAUUAGCAAUGUCCACUCUGAUGAAAUCAUCCGAAACGGGUCUAGGUAGUGAAGGGAGGCGGUUUUCUCUCUGGCUUAGAGAUGCUGCCCAGGCCUCCUUGGACGCCAGUCUCAAUGUUGGAUGGAUAGAGCCAAGUCUAGUUCAGGCAGCAUAUUUCAUUGCUUUGUACGAGGCCAGCGCGAACCCAGAGCAUUCUUCUGCGAGAGUAACCUCAGCUCUUCAACUCUUGGAUUCUCUUAUUCACGCCCUCUCUCUCUCCAACAUGGACGCUGGGGAAAAGGGUGUCAGUGUCUACUCUGUAGACGAGAUGCCUAUCGUGUCGUCGUCCACCUCCCAGCAACUAAUCAGUCCCUAUCCUCUUCAAGGCACCGACGACAACAUUUUGGAUGUGACCACUUCCAUAUGUUCCUGUUUGAAUCAAACCCCGCCAACCCAGCCGGAUUCUUUGAAAGCAAUGCCCAAUGAUAACCCGUACGGUGUAAAUAUGGGUAGGUUUUUGGAGUCGAUGAUGGCAUUUGGUUCCAAGUAUCGUGUCUCUCAAAACCAAAAGGGCGUCAUGGAUUCUCCGUGGGGCAACGUGGGCGUACAGGCGGACUGGCCGGACCCGACCGACACCAUCGAGAUUGACAAAGAGGAGAGUCGAAGACUGUGCUGGAGCGUGAUGAUGCUGAUUUCCACGCUAAGAGAGUACACUCCUCACCUUCAACGCCAAGCUUGGGACUUGCACGUUACGAGACAAGAAAAUAUUGCUCUGUUACUCCCUGGAGAAAAAAUGGCCAAGAAUCGAACUCGGGCAAAAGACUCGAUUUGGGCACUUCACUGCCGUGUCGCGCUGUUGUGGAAUGCUUGCCAGCGGUUUCGCCACCGACCCGACUGGGAGACUCGACGUAUCGAACUAUCGACGCAAGCUUGGAUGGAAGCAAAUUCCAUCGAACAAUCAUUAGCUCAACAUACUUGUCCCGUAGGCAAAGGGAUGCUGUAUGCUGGCCGAGAAUAUCUCUUUCAACUCAAGCUCCUUAUCUCGAAGCAAUUCACGCGUUUGAUCCCAAUCCCCCACACUCUCAAGUAUGAGAGGGAUAGUGCUCAAGAAUGGCUCAAUCAUCGAGCCGGUCUCGCUGCACAUGCCCGCAAGGUCGUGUAUUUUGUCAGUCGCUUUGGAGCCUCUAGGGCCGCCAUAGCACUAGCAAAGAGACCACUGAGCGUGUGGUGGGUAUGUUCUCAGAUUAAGGCCGGCACAGCAGUUUGGAAGGCCGACAAUACCUUUACCCAAGCCUUGGAGCAGUCGCUCGACUUCCUCGCCAUAGGAGAUUUUCUUACCUGCAUGUGGCAGAGCAAAGGCCAGACGGAUUAUUACAACAGCCUUAGGGAAGAGCUUCUUCAAUCUUGCCAACUUGCUGGUAUCCACGUCCCAGAAGCAAUUCCAAUUCCUGGCCUUUCCUCGACUCAGGCAACGAUGAUCCCAUCUCCUCUGCUUAUCAACUAUCCGCCACCAAUUGCAUUGGCCGAGGUGCAGUAUAAUUUAUCAUAG